GCGUGCAGCCGGUAAAUGGACGAGCAGGAAAAUGAAACCGAAUCGCGAGGGCGUGUUACAGUUCAAACCAACGUGCCAACUUCGUUGGUCCUCGACGGACCGAACGUUGGGGGCAGCUGCGAGGGAGAAGGCGGCUAGUUCUCUAAUCAUGCAAGCAACAGAGAGGCCUUGAGAUGUCGCUGCGACGUGUAUCCAUGGCUUACGCCUUACAUGGCGGGCUCCAGUGCGGACCCCCAUCUCCAGCCGACGGGUACAUGUAUGCAAAGCUCAACAGCGAGGCCGUACAGCCGUCGGAGAGAUUCUUUGGCAUCCCGGGCCCAGCGUGGGGACCGUUGCUUUCCUCCCGCGACGACGACGUAGCUCGACGUUAUCUCAAUCAGACCAUGACAACCGGCCUGUUUGGUUACCGCUCAGUUGGUCGAUUUCGGAGCUAGAUUGAGGCACGUCACUGCACCAGAUCCAGCCCACAGUGAGUUUGC